AAAAAAGUCUUAACUACUAAAAUAUCUCCUUCAUCCACCAAUAGGAGAAUUUUCUAGCGGAUCCAACUCCAUAACUAUAUUUCAAUUAUCCAAUUGGAAAAUAUCUAACUAAAUUCUUCCAAAAUCUAAUCUCCGAUGGCCACUCUUUUACCGUCGCUGGAAAUUUCAUCAUUCCCCGCCGGUCGCCUUCCUCUGAGGAUUUCUUCUUACUUAAACCCUAGAAAUGCUCAGAAGCUCACGGUUUCUAGGUGCGGAAUUAGGGGUGCUAGGGUUAGGGUUUAUUCGUAUGUGAAGGAUUUGGAGGAGUUUCCGUCUUUGAAUUCAGAGAAUAAUUUGGGGUUUUACGCACAGUUCUCUGCUCAUGUGCAGACUAGCACGUCGUUGUCGUCGUCGAUUGAGGUGAACGAGGAAGAGGAGGAGGAGAAGCGGAAUUACUAUCUGAAUACGGGUUAUGCUAUUCGGACUAUCCGAGAGGAGUUUCCUUCCCUCUUCUAUAAGGAGCUAAGCUUUGAUAUCUACAGGGAUGAUAUUGUCUUCAAAGAUCCAAUCAACACGUUUACUGGCAUUGAUAAUUAUAAAUCAAUCUUCUGGGCCCUACGAUUCCAUGGCAGGAUGUUAUUUAGGACCUUGUGGAUUGACAUUGUUAGUGUUUGGCAGCCAGUGGAAAAUAUGAUAAUAGUUCGGUGGACUGUUCAUGGCAUUCCGCGUGUUCCAUGGGAGAGCCACGGUCGGUUCGAUGGUACUUCAGAGUAUAAGCUUGAUAAAGAUGGGAAGAUUUAUGAGCACCGGGUUCACAACAUUGCUCUGAAUGCACCUCCAAAGUUCCAUGUACUUGCUGUGCAGGAAUUAAUUGAAUACAUUGGCGGUGCCUCAACACCAAAGCCUACUUUCUUUGAAAUCUCUUCCCCUACCUCGAGAAACAUUGCUCCAGUAUUGAAAUUUCCAUGGCUGAGGCGGCACCUGGGCUCAAUUCUCGCCUCCAUAAAGAGAAAUGAGGAGGAACAAUCAGACCACCAAACGUAGCAAGUGAAGUGCCCGAAAAAUUUGGCGCAUUUUUGCUCUAGAUUCCAAAAUCGAAUAAUCCAUACAUACAAGUAUAUAGGUACUAAUAUACUCCUGCAGGCAGAAGAACAUAUCUGGAGUUUUUUUUUUCUCUCUUCCAGGAAGUCAUCUACUUCUCUCUACUGUAUACUUCAUUUGAGCUACAGCUACUGGCUUGUGUUUGUAAAACUCAGACUGUUGUACGUAUGUGUAUAGUAUAUAGCAUACCAUGUGGUUGCUUUCGCUU